AGAAAAAGUUGUUGAGCUCUUGUUAUGGUUCGGAGGUACCAAGUAAGAAAUUAAUAUAUAUGAUGCCAGAAGUUUGUAAAUGCAAACUGCUAAUGAAGGAAAGGCUUGAAACAGAUAUGUUUUUGAAGUUACCAGUAAAAUGACUAUGAAAACCAGGGGUCAAGAAGACCAAUGGAAAACCACUUAAACGCGAACCAUAGAAAAUGUACACUUCAGAUAAGAAAUGUAACCAGAAAAUUCAAAAAAGAAAAAUAUGCCAUGUAUGCCCGCAGAAGGGGAAAAAGGUUUAUAUUCAUGUACAGGAGAUUACUCAGAUAGAUAAUCAGAUAUAUCAGUGCCUUGAGUGUGAACAGAACAUUUGUGAAGACUCAGCACGUAUGUGCGAGAGAACGGAUACUGGGCAGAAACCUUAUAGAUGGGAUAUGUGUGAAAAAACCUUCAUCCAGAGUUCAGAUCUUACUUCACACCAGAGGAUCCAUAAUUACGAGAAACCUUAUAAGUGUAGCAAAUGUGAGAAGAGUUUUUGGCACCAUUUAGCCCUUUCAGGGCACCAGAGAACACAUGCAGGUAAAAAGCUUUAUACCUGUGACAUCUGUAGCAAGAACUUUGGUCAGAGCUCUGAUCUGCUUGUCCACCAGCGAAGCCAUACAGGUGAAAAACCUUAUCUGUGUAAUGAGUGUGAUAAAUGCUUCAGUCGAAGUACGAAUCUCAUAAGGCACCGAAGAACUCACACAGGUGAGAAACCCUUUCAGUGUCUGGAAUGUGAAAAAGCUUUCAGUGGGAAAUCAGAUCUUAUUAGUCACCAAAGGACUCAUACAGGUGAGAGGCCCUACAAAUGCAAUAAAUGUGAGAAGAGGUACCGGCACCGCUCCGCCUUCAUCGUACACAAGAGAGUCCACACAGGGGAGAAGCCGUAUAAGUGUGGUGCCUGUGAGAAGUGUUUUGGCCAGAAGUCCGACCUUAUCGUACACCAGAGAGUCCACACAGGGGAGAAGCCGUAUAAAUGCUUGCAAUGUCUGAGAAGUUUCACUCGGAGUGCCAACCUGAUUAGGCACCAGGCAACUCACACUCAUACUUUCAAAAGCCUUGAAUAUGAGAAAAGUUUAAACUGUAGCUCAGACCUUAUUGUACAUCAGAGAAUUCACAUGGAAGAAAAAUCACAUCAAUGGUCUGUGUGUGAGAAUGGCUUCCUCUUAGGUAUGGACUUCAUUGCCCAACAGAAAAUGACUCAAACAGAUGCGCUCCAUUAUAAAUACAGUGUAUGCAACAACAGCUUUCAUCACAGCUCAACCCUUCUUCAACAGACAGUGCGCGUUGAUGAAGAAUACAUCUAUAAUGUGAGUGAGAAAGGUCUUGAUCUCAGCUCUCAUGCAUCGGAAACCUCACGGAUGUCUUGACAAGAAAUCACAAAGCCUUUUAAAAAUGUACUUAAAUGUCAGAAUUCAUUAAGAGAAAGACUUCUAGGUGAAUUUCAGAUUUCUCUCAUUUCAGACCUCAUUAGGGACCAGAGAGAGCGAGAGUCUAUAGUCUUAGGAACUGUAAGAAAAGCUUUAUGCAGACAGUGGCCCAUCAGGACACCUUUAUUAGCCACACUUGUGAAGAGCUAAACAAAUGCUCUGGGUUUUGAAAAAAAAAUCUUAAAAGAAGAUUCAUCCAGGUAAGAAGCCUUACAUGUGCAGUAUGAGAGCUUUCCAGCAGUGCUAAGCUGGAUUCCAAGAGAAUCGCAGCAGAGAAGAACCAGUUAGAUGCUUUAUGUCAGCAGUACUUCAAACAGUAUGAAUGUCUUAUUGGAUAUGAGAAAAUUCGCCCUGGAGAAAACCCCCCAAAAUGACAGGAAGACGCUUCUAACAGAAUUCUGACUUUCUUACCCCUCAGAAAAGCCAUACUGGUAUAAAUGGAUAUUUGUCUUGAGUGUGGCAAAAACAGUUGUUGGAGAGUCUUAUUUGGGUUUGCUUCCCCCUAA